AUGAACAAGACCACCUCAUCCACUUCAUUCCAGGGUUCUUUGUUUGUUACGAGCUUCUCUUCGACUUUUGAAGUUAUUGUUGAGUGCUCGGUUGGUUUUCUUCUCACUUGGUACAAAAUAAUUACGCCAGAACACGUCAAAUUUCUAUCCAAGAUUUGGUUCAAUUUAUUUAUUCCUACAUUAUUCUUCAAAGAUAUGGCGAUAUCCUUUUCAUUGGAUUUGCUUCAAAAAUUAUACAUGAUUUUAAUAUUUGGAGCAAUUAAUCAAGUAUUAGCUGUCAUUGUUGGCAAAUUGGUCUUUAAUAAUUUUACCUUUAAAUGCAUUGUGGGACCAUUUCGAUGGAUGGCCACACGUAUCUUGAGUGUUUUUGGAAAACGUUCUCAAUUUUUAGAGAAUAUGGACAAGAUGACCAAGACGGAACAGGACAUUUACUUUGUGAGCUUGUUUUGCCAUAAUUCUGUAUCUCUACCCUUAAUUUAUUUGUCAGCUUUGUGCUAUCUGUCCACAACGAAUGCCAUGAUUGAAAAAUCAGAACAAGCAUCUCAAUUUGUUCAUCACUUUGAGGAUCAAUCAACAUUACAAAAUUCUUGGUUCGCUGUAAGGGGUGGUACCAAUGACACUCUCGUGGAUAAUGUACCAGCGUUUUACAAGAUAUCUUAUAGUGAGGCAUACAAAAGCUCGAUUACAGCAAUUUCAAUAUUCAUAGUGCCCGUAGAAAUUGCAUUCUACACUCUAGGAACAUAUAUUUACAGAAAAGGAUCCGAGCAACAACAAGAAAUAUUGCUUACAAGACAAGCAGAAUCUUCACAAAUUGAAUUAUUAGAAUCUCCACCAACCACAGAAAGCUUAGAAAACUUGGAAAAUCAACAUAUUGUGACCAAUAUCACAAAAUUACACGAAGGCAAUGAAACCGUUCUCCCCUAUGAUCCUUCGAAUCCUACCUUAAACGUUGAACUUUCAGAAACUCCUUCCCUGAAUAAGAGAGAAGAACGACAGGUUCUAACUUUAUCAAAUAAUGUAGAGAAUGAAGAAUUGGGAAUGACACCCACCGUUCAAGAAACGCAACAACAAGUGAUCUCUGUACAGAGAACCAACCUUAACACAGAUUCACCCAUCGAUCAUUCUCUCCAAAAUAACACGAGUAACCACACAACGCAGCAAGCACCGCCCACUCUCUUAAACAACACACGAACCAACAGGAUGAAACAAAUGGCAAAGAACUUUGGACUUUUCAUGCUUCAUAAUAUUAUUUUGAAUCCUCCACUUGCCGCCAUUUUUCUUGCCUUAAUGAUCUCCGUGUCGAGCAGUGACUUGAAGAAUUUUCUCAUUGUGAACCCUCCCCCGUUUGUGAGCACCAUCAAACAUUUGUGUGAGGUGUUUGGACAAGCUGUUGCACCCGUUUCAUUGAUUAUUCUUGGAUCGAACAUUGCCAUUCAGGCAAUACCGCACAAUCAGCUGAACUCCUCCAAGAAGCAAGAUGAUGAGUCCGAGCAAUUUAUGAGAGAAUUUUCGAACAAUGACGAGAUCGAGCAAGCAUCUUCGCGUUAUGCUUUGAACAGACACUCAAUUUUGAAACUUUUUCGAAAAGUGAUACAAUUUGUGUUUGCCUCUCUAUGUUAUGUGUGGAAUAUUUUGAAAGUGAAGAAACUGAAUCCAGUGGCUUUGACAUUUGCCAUCAUGAUCAAGAUGAUUAUUUUCCCAUUAAUUGGUGUUGCACUAAUGUAUGCUUCCAGAAAUCUCUUCCCAUCAGGUUUUUCGAACAUUACUGAUCCUCUAUUUUUCCUAGUCAUUUUGAUCCAGUUCUCUACACCACCUGCUAUUGCUAUCACAGCUCUUAGCUCUGUGAAUUCCAAUUAUGGACAACAUGAAUCAUGUGGUACGUGA